AUGGAUAAUGAUAUGAAUGCAACCAGUAACAAUGGAAUCUUUCUCAGAGGAUUCGGAAACCUUCAUGAUUUCAAGAUCCCUUUCUUCUUCUUGUUUUUUGCCAUUUAUAUGUUGACUUUAACCAGCAACCUCUUAAUAAUCAUAUUGGUGUCAACACAUUAUCAUCUUCAAUCCCCCAUGUUCUUCUUUCUUGCCCACCUUUCUUUUUCUGACUUGCUUGUUACUACAAAUAUACUGCCUAACAUGUUAUUAAUCACACUGACUGAUGGUGGCAUGGUGUUUCUAUCAGGGUGCCUCACCCAGUUCUUUUUCUAUGGUCUAUCAGCAACCACGGAGUGCCUUCUGCUCUCAGCCAUGUCCUAUGACCGAUACUUGGCCAUCUGCAAACCUCUGCAUUAUCAUACUGUUAUGGAUUCCAAACUUUGCUCCAGCUUGGUUAUUUCAUCAUGGUCCUUAAGUUUUAUCCUGACAAUCAUUCCAAUAUAUUUUUUGCAAAGAUUGAGGUUUUGUGGGAUCAAUGUGAUUGACCAUUUCUUUUGUGAUCUUGGGCCUCUCUUGGAGCUCUCUUGUUCAGACACAUCAUUUGUGAAACUAGAGGUAUUUGCCAUGUCUACACUUCUGACCAUGGUCCCAUUUGUUUUCAUCUGUGUAACCUAUGUCUAUAUUAUCCUUUCCAUCCUAAGAAUAUCUACUAACACUGGAAGGCAGAAAGCCUUUUCGACCUGCAGUUCCCACCUUGCAGUUGUGUGCGCUUUUUAUGGAGCAUUGUUUGCUAUGUAUGUGGCUCCAUCAAAAGGGGACUCUGCUAUUAACAAGGGUGUUUCCCUGUUGUAUACUGUGGUGACCCCAUUGUUCAACCCCAUCAUAUACAGUCUAAGAAACCAAGAUAUACGAACGACCAUCAGGAAAUAUCUAAGGACACAGAAACCUCAUAUUUAA